CUGGCUGAGCACAGCAGCAGCGGGGCGGCGACUCGGCGCUCCCUUCUGCUUGCUCGGUGGGCGCUGGGAGCUCGGGGGGCCUUUGGCAGGCCCUGGGCGUGGCCGAGGGACGGCGCCCAUCGAAGAUGACGUGGAUCUGUCUGUCCUGCAUGCUCUGGCCAGAGGACCUGGAGACCCCCAAGACACACCACUUCAAGGUGAAGACCUUCAAGAAGGUGAAGCCCUGUGGCAUCUGCCGGCAGGCCAUCACGCGGGAGGGCUGCACCUGCAAAGUCUGCAGCUUCUCCUGUCAUCGGAAAUGCCAGGCCAAGGUGGCUGCCCCCUGCAUUCCUCCAUCCAGCCAUGAACUGGUGCCCUUCACCACUGACAGUGCUCCGAAGAAUGUAGUGGACACGGGGGAAGGAGCCUCCUGGGGUGGAAACGUGCAGAAAAGUGUUGAGGACGGCUCCAGCAGAGUCACUCCAAGUGUCCAGCCCCAUCCCCGGCCCAGCAGAAACAUGAGCGUGGGCCGGACCAUGGAGGACGACUGUGAGCUGGACCUGGUGUACGUCACGGAGAGGAUCAUCGCCGUGUCCUUCCCCAGCACGGCCAACGAGGAGAACUUCCGGAGCAAUCUCCGGGAAGUGGCUCAGAUGCUCAAGUCCAAGCAUGGAGGCAACUAUCUGCUGUUCAACCUCUCGGAGCGGAGACCGGACAUCACCAAGCUCCACGCCAAGGUACUGGAAUUUGGCUGGCCUGACCUGCACACCCCAGCCCUGGAGAAGAUCUGCAGCGUCUGCAAGGCCAUGGACACCUGGCUCACCGCAGACCCCCACAACGUCGUCGUUCUGCACAACAAGGGGAACCGGGGCAGGAUAGGCGUUGUCAUCGCCGCUUACAUGCACUACAGCAACAUCUCUGCCAGUGCCGACCAGGCCCUGGACCGGUUUGCAAUGAAGCGGUUCUACGAGGACAAGAUUGUACCCAUUGGUCAGCCAUCCCAGAGAAGGUAUGUGCACUAUUUCAGCGGUCUGCUCUCCGGCGCCAUCAAAAUGAACAACAAGCCCUUGUUUCUGCACCACGUGAUCAUGCACGGCAUCCCCAACUUUGAGUCUAAAGGAGGAUGUCGGCCGUUUCUCCGCAUCUACCAGGCCAUGCAACCCGUUUACACGUCUGGCAUCUACAACAUCCCGGGAGACAGCCAGAACAGCAUCUGCAUCACCAUCGAGCCAGGGCUGCUGUUGAAGGGAGACAUCUUGCUCAAGUGCUACCACAAGAAGUUCCGCAGCCCAGCCCGGGACGUCAUCUUCCGGGUGCAGUUCCACACCUGCGCAAUCCACGACCUGGGGGUUGUCUUUGGCAAGGAGGACCUCGACGACGCCUUCAAAGAUGAUCGGUUUCCAGAUUAUGGCAAAGUGGAGUUUGUAUUUUCUUAUGGGCCAGAGAAGAUUCAAGGCAUGGAGCAUCUGGAGAAUGGGCCCAGCGUGUCUGUGGACUACAACACCUCCGACCCUCUCAUCCGCUGGGAUUCCUACGACAACUUCAACACACAGCGAGAGGAUGGCAUGGAGGAGGUGGUGGGACACAUGCAAGGGCCGCUGGACGGGAGCCUGUAUGCCAAGGUGAAGAAAAAGGACUCCCUGCACGGCAGCACCGGGGCCAUCAAUGCCACACGCCCCGUCCUGUCGGCCACCCCCAACCACGUGGAGCACACACUGUCUGUGAGCAGCGACUCCGGCAACUCCACAGCCUCCACCAAGACCGACAAGACCGAUGAGCCUGGGCCUGCGCCCGGGGCCCCCGGCGCGCCCGCGACCCUGAGUCCCCAGGAGAAACGGGAGCUCGAUCGUCUGCUCAGUGGCUUCGGCUUGGAGCGAGAGAAGCCAGGCGUCAUGUACCACAUCCAGCAGCUCCGGUCCCGCCCGGCCGGGGGUCCGGCCGCCCCCGCUGCUGGCCGCCACGUGGUCCCGGCCCAGGUCCAUGUCAACGGUGGGGCCCUGGCCUCUGAGCGGGAGACGGACAUCCUGGACGAUGAGCUGCCCAACCAGGACGGGCACAGCGUGGGCAGCAUGGGCACACUCUCCUCCCUGGAUGGGGUCACCAACACCAGUGAGGGGGGCUACCCGGAGGCCCUGACGCCCCUGACCAAUGGCCUGGACAAGCCCUACCCUGGGGAACCCGUGGUCAAUGGCGGAGGCUACCCGUAUGAGUCUGCCAGUCGGGUGGCGCCUGCCCCUGCUGGCCAUGCGGCCCCCGUGCGGCCCUCCUACUCCGCCCAGGAGGGGUUCGCCGGCUUCCAGCGGGACGGCCCCCACCCAGCCUGGUCACAGCCGGUGACCACGUCCCACUACGGCCACGACCCUAGCAGUGUGUUCCGCUCUCAGUCCUUUCCGGAAGCUGAGCCCCAGCUUCCCCCAGCUCCAGCCCGUGGGGGCAGCAGCCGGGAGGCCGUGCAGAGGGGUCUGAAUUCAUGGCAGCAGCAGCAGCAGCAGCAGCAGCAGCAGCAGCAGCAGCAGCCUCGCCCACCUGCUCGCCAGCAGGACGGCCUCGUGGCCAGCAGGCCCAGCCCCCAGCCGCCAGCGGAGACCUCCGCCCCCAGCAUCCCUGAGUUCCCAAGGGCGGCUUCCCAGCGGGAGAUCGAGCAGUCCAUCGAAGCACUCAACAUGCUCAUGUUGGACCUCGAGCCGGCCUCUGCCGCCGCCCCCCUGCACAAGUCCCAGAGCGUCCCUGGGGCCUGGCCGGGGGCUUCUCCACUCUCCUCCCGCCAGUCCCACCCGCUCACCCAGUCCAGGUCUGGCUACAUCCCGAGUGGGCGUUCCCUAGGAAGCCCCGAGCCCCUCGCCCAGGCCUCGCUGGAGCCUGUGCCCCCUGGAAGGUCUCACUCCCCUUAUGAUUAUCAGCCGUAUGCGGCUGGACCUGGCCAGGGUUUCCGUCCAAAGAGUCCAGCCUCCUCCUCCUCCUCCUCGUCUGCCUUCCUUCCAAACGCCGGUGGCGUCUCCAGACCUCAGCAGCCCCCGGUCUCUCUCCCUGGCCUCACUGGUCAGGCUCAGCUCCCGCCAAAGGAAGCCCCUGCAGACCCCUCGCGAACACCAGAGGAGGAGCCGCUGAACCUGGGCGGGCUGGUGGCCCACCGGGUGGCAGCAUACAACGCCAGGCUGCAGGGCAUGGGGCAGAGUGGCAGCUUCCGGCCCCCUCCUCUUCACCGGCUCCGAUCUGCCUCCCUCACUGGCGUGCAGGCUCGGGAGAAGCAGCCUGCAGAACCCAUUGCCCCGCUCCGGAGGCGGGCAGCCAGCGAUGGACAGUACGAGAACCAGUCUCCAGAAGCCACAUCCCCCCGGAGCCCCGGGGUGCGCUCCCCCGUCCAGUGUGUCUCCCCCGAGCUGGCUCUUACUAUCGCUCUCAAUCCUGGAGGGCGGCCCAAGGAGCCCCACCUGCACAGCUACAAGGAGGCCUUCGAGGAGCUGGAGGCAUCGUCCCCGACCAGCACACCGCCCAGCGGGGUGCGCUCCCCUCCAGGUCUGGCCAAGACGCCCCUGUCUGCUCUGGGCCUGAAACCCCACAACCCUGCGGACAUCCUAUUGCACCCCACAGGUGUCCCCAGGAGGCUGAUGCGGCCAGAUGAAGGCAAAGUGGUGGCCAAGCUCCCGGAAGAGCCCCGGAGCUACGUGGAGUCUGUGGCCCGGACGGCAGUGGCCGGGCCCCGAGCCCAGGACCCUGAGCCCAAGAGCUUCAGCACUCCGUCUGCUCAGGCCUAUGGCUCCGAGGCAGCCCUGAGGAACGGGACCCCGGGCGGCUCCUUUGCCUCCCCCAGCCCCCUGUCCACCGGCAGCCCCAUCCUCACUGCUGACAGCACUUCCGUAGGGAGCGUGCCAUCAGGGGAGAACGGCGACCAGGGCCGCCGGACACCCACACAGCCUUCGUUGGAUCCUGGCUUCCGCUCCGGCAGUCUGAUGCAGCAUGGCGGGUCCGGCCGGAGAAGUUACCAGAGCUCGUCUCCUCUCCCCGCUGUGGGCAGUGGCUGCAGCCCUGACUACUCACUUCAGCAACUGAGUUCCUCUCCAGAAAGCCAGGCCCGGCCUCAGUUCAGUGUGGCUGGCGUCCACACAGUGCCAGGCAGCCCCCAGGCACGCCACAGGACAGUGGGCACCAACACUCCCCCUAGCCCCGGCUUCGGUCGGCGGGCCAUCAACCCCAGCAUGGCUGCCCCUGGCAGCCCCAGUUUAAGCCACCGCCAGGUGAUGGGUCCAUCGGGUCCUGGUUUCCAUGGUAACGCAGUCUCCAGCCCCCAGAGCAGUGCAGCAACCACUCCGGGGAGCCCCAGCCUGGGCCGGCACCCUGGGGCCCACCAAGGCCACCUGGCCUCUGGUCUCCAUGGCAACACAGUGGGCAGCCCUGGAAGCCCCAGCCUGGGCCGCCACCUGGGGGGGUCUGGAUCUGUGGUUCCUGGCAGCCCCAGCUUGGACCGGCACGUAGCCUACGGGGGCUACUGUACCCCUGAAGACGGGAGACCCACGCUGUCCCGGCAGAGCAGUGCCUCUGGCUACCAGGCUCCUGCCACGCCCUCCUUCCCCGUCUCCCCCGCCUACUACCCAGGCCUGAGCAGCCCUGCCACCUCCCCGUCGCCAGACUCUGCAGCCUUCAGGCAAGGGAGCCCAACCCCUGCCCUGCCAGAGAAGCGGAGGAUGUCCAUGGGCGACCGGGCCGGCAGCCUCCCCAACUAUGCCACCAUCAAUGGGAAGGUGUCGUCCUCGCCCGUGGCCAGUGGCAUGUCCAGCCCCAGCGGCAGCAGCACUGUCUCCUUCUCCCACACUCUGCCCGACUUCUCCAAGUACUCCAUGCCAGACAAUAGCCCCGAGACACGGGCCAAGGUGAAGUUUGUCCAGGACACUUCCAAGUACUGGUACAAGCCCGAGAUCUCCAGAGAGCAGGCCAUUGCUCUUCUCAAGGAUCAGGAGCCAGGGGCCUUCAUCAUCCGCGACAGCCACUCCUUCCGGGGGGCCUAUGGGCUGGCCAUGAAGGUGUCUUCCCCGCCUCCAGGCAUCAUGCAACAGAAUAAGAAAGGGGACAUGACCCAAGAGCUGGUGAGGCAUUUCCUGAUAGAGACCGGCCCCAGAGGAGUGAAGCUCAAGGGAUGUCCCAACGAGCCCAACUUUGGAUCUCUGUCUGCCCUGGUCUACCAGCACUCCAUCAUCCCACUGGCUCUGCCCUGCAAGCUGGUCAUUCCAAACCGAGACCCCACAGAUGAAUCAAAAGAUAGCUCUGGCCCUGCUAACUCAACCUCCGACCUGCUAAAGCAAGGAGCUGCCUGCAAUGUGCUCUUCGUCAACUCUGUGGACAUGGAGUCACUCACGGGGCCGCAGGCCAUCUCCAAAGCCACAUCUGAGACGUUGGCUGCUGACCCCACGCCAGCUGCCACCAUUGUUCACUUCAAGGUGUCUGCCCAGGGAAUCACACUGACCGAUAACCAGAGAAAGCUCUUCUUCCGACGACACUACCCCCUCAACACCGUCACCUUCUGUGACCUGGAUCCACAAGAAAGAAAGUGGAUGAAAACGGAGGGAGGCGCCCCUGCUAAGCUCUUUGGCUUCGUGGCCCGGAAGCAGGGUAGCAGCACAGACAACGCCUGCCACCUCUUCGCUGAGCUUGACCCCAACCAGCCAGCCUCUGCCAUCGUCAACUUCGUCUCCAAGGUCAUGCUGAGUGCGGGCCAGAAGAGAUGAGCCCCGCCCCUUGCCCAGGGCCAGGGCAGUGGGCUGGGGCGUAGCGGGAGGGGACCGCGAAUCCUGACCACCCUUGAAUCCAGAAGGAGGACUUUGGGCUGAUUUUGGAGAAGGAGAGAAGAAAGUGCAUCGUGGGGAGAGGGAAGUGAAUUACAGCGGGAGCGGGAAAGAGAGAGAGAGAGAGGAAGAGACUGAGGGGGAUAUUCCCCUGAGGAGAUGGAAGCCGCCUCCCGGAAGAACCAGGGCCCCCAUCUCCCCCUGCCCUGCUUCCCAAGAAUGGAGCUUCCCGAGGAAACUGCCGGCCUCCCAGAGAACCCGUGUUGGGGAGUGGAAAAGCUCCGUCUCCCUCACUCAACUGCUCUGCAAGGAGCAAUCCAGAGGAGAGCAUCAUCUUACUUUUCCUGGCCGCCUGUAGGGGGCAGGACUUUCUCACUGGCCCCUAUGCUCCCUCUGGUGGGCCUCGGAUGUAUCACGUGGGCGUCUGCACUGCACCCUCACCUGUUGGCCUAGAGCUGCCUCGAGCGGCUGCAAUCAGAAUCAGCCCUCCAGGUCUGCACACGAAUGUGCGUGCUAUCCAAAGAGUAGGGCUGGGGUGACCGGGCAGCGGGGAGGGGACAGAGGUGCCUUUGGCAGGAGCACCCAAGGUGCUCUCUCACCCUGGUCCCCGCGCCUGCACCCUGGUGGCCCUGGGCACCUCCAGUCCCUUCUCCCCUAUAGAAGUCACCCUUGCGGUGUCACCCCUGCCUCCCCCAGGAGCUGGAGCGACGCGGAGCCGUGGCCUAGGGGAAGGGACUCGGGAAGAGCCCAGUUGAGCUCUGUGCUGGCUCUUGCUCUCGCCGCGAGGUGCCCGCCUGUGCCUGGCACUCUGCCUUAGCGCCCACCGUCGGCCCCGUCCCUGGGUUUCUUGUCCAGAACCAGCCUUAUCUCUGACUUGCUUCUCUGCAUGAUGCCUUGUAGGGGCUGGGGGUCGAGCCCAUGUACUCUGCCCAGCCCUGUUGUUGCCCCAGUGUGGGGCUUCAUUUUGGACCACCCUCUGCCCAAAGCUCUGCUUGGCCAGGCCCGGGGGGAGGCCUGCACACUCUGUCCUCCCUUUGGGUAUCGUUUUGGGGUCUGCCUGCCACAGGCAACCUUCCAGCCAGGCUGCCCAGUGCCCAGUGUCCACCAGUGGACCUGCCUACAACGCCAAAGCCUCGCUGCUCCCCCUCUGCCUUGGUUUCCCCAGCAGAGCCACGCUGCCCCAGGAGCAGAGGGCAGAAGGAGUGCAUUUAGACCCAAGGCCCUAGGGUCCACGUGGGCAGUUGUGCAACCCCUGCCCACCACCCAAGGACUUGGAAGCUGGAGUGCAAGUUCACCAGGACUCCGUUCUUAAGCCUGUGGAGUCCCUGAGAGCGAGGCAUUGACUGAUAUAUAAAUAUAUAUAAUAUAUAUGUGAGACAUACUGACAGAUCUGUAAGCUAAUAAAAUAUAAGAAAAGAUUAAAAAAAAAAAAAAGAAUAGGUAAAUUGCCCAGAAGUAUUUAUUGUUCCCCUCCACUGCUUUUUUUUUUUUUUUUGCCUCCCUGGCCAUGAAUUGAUUCCCGUCCCUUUCAAUCUGUUAAAGUCAUGAGAUGUAGGAGGCCUUUCUCCUUGGGGCUGCCAGGAUGCUCCUUGCCCUGGCCUUGGCCUGUCCUGGGCUCUGUCCGGGGCCUGGCAGUCAGCUCCCAGGGUACAUGGGGAAGCUGCAGCCUGAGCGAGCCACAGAGUGGCGGAGGCGUGGGUGCACGUGGUGGACGUGGGUGUGUGUGUGUCUUGUAUUUCUUCUCCUCCAGGGAGCUGUAUCUGUGUGGACAAUUGUGUUUCAGGGAGCGGAGAGUGUCUGAAGUCACGGGGCGGGUGGAGUGGGGCCUCCCACUUCGCCAAGAGCGAGGUCCCUCCAAAGUGCUCUUUCUUCUGAGAUAUUCAACCCAAGUGCCUGGCUUGGCCAGUCCCCUCAUUGCAUGGUUAACCCCGUUCUCUGCCAAGGCCAGGGCUAUUGUAAAUAUCUUCAUCAGCCCCCAGCCAGAUGGUCACUCCACACUUGAGGCUGCCCGGCCUCCACACCUGGCCCUCAUCCCUGCCUCCCACCUCCCCACCCCACCCCAACAGCCCCUCCACCUCAGCCCUGAGCUGUGCGGGAGGGAGCCAGGUCCAUGCUGGGAAGCCCAGGACCUGGCUUUGCCAGGAGAACCAAGGGGAAGGGGACCCCAGCCUGCAGCAGCCCAGUCCCCCACGUUGGGCCUGACACCAUAGCCCCCACGUCACACUCACGGGUGGGCCUGUGGACACACGUGCACGCACAUAUGGGUACACACGCACCACACAGCACUGCAGUCUCUUGCCAAAGACUUCCUGGAAAAGAAAGCACUUUGUACUCACUGUUGUUACUUUGUGGACGUGUAUCUGCUUUUUCCUUCCCCUCCCUCCACCUGUUCGCUGUGUGUUGUUGGGUCUGUUCGUCAGGACAGUGCUCACUGGUCUGGAAAACGGGUUUGCAGGGACCCCAGGCAGGCCGAGGCCCCGCCCAGGCCCCCUCUCCAGCUGUCCAGCAGGCGUCUGAAGCUGGCCCAGGGCCUCUCUGAUCUGAUGGUCUGGAGGCGGCUGGGGGAAGUGGGCCCAGAGGCCAGCGGCAAGGAGCUGGGCUGUGAACAGUGCCUGGCUCCCUCCGCUAGACGGUGUGUGAGGACAGAGACCUCAAGUCCUCGCCUGGGGCUUCUGACCCUUCUCUCCCCCAGCAGCUGGGAAAGCUGGGACCCUGUCGGGACUUGGGCCCGAGCAAUUCCUGGGGGUGGUGGCCCAGUGGCCAGAAGGGGCUCUUGGGACGCAGGAGGGCAGGGCGUCCUUCAGCCCUGUUCUGCUGGGCCUGAGCAGUGCUCCGGGGCUCCCAGGCCACCCAGGGGCACAGAGCAUGAACAGCCUCUUUCCUCCUGCUGGGCUGCUGCCCUCUGCCCUGUGCCCCCGUCAUCUGCCCCUUGUUUAUUUUUUCCCAGCUUCAGAACAGGGGAGAUCACAGGGGCAGUGCCCCAGCCAUAGGAGGUGGCUGACCCCCAAACCCCACACUUGGGGUCAUUGAAGAGGCUGGGGGCAGAGUCCCAGGCCCACUUCCUGCCCCGAGUCCAGGCCCUGCAGCACUGAGACCCUCGUGUCCUUGAGCAGUGGUAACACAGGACGUCUGUGUGUGUGUGUGUGUGUGUGUGCAUGUGAAUGGGUGUAUGUUUUGCUCACAUCCCUUUAAGGAACUUGGCAGUGGGGGGUGGUCAGAGAUGAUGAGCAAUGGAUGUCAAGGUCAACAUCACUCAGUGGAGAGAGGGAGCAGGAAGCGGGGCCCGUGGGGCGGCUGCUGGGUGGAGGCUCAGUGUUGGGCUGGCGAGGACCACCCGUGUGGCGUGGGGCUCGGGCACACGUGUUCCUCCCUGGCCGCUUCGUCCUCAGGAGUCCUCGAAGCUGGAGGACCUGUGGGUUUCCUGGCCUCUUCCCCGUGGCGAGUUGUUACGGAAGGAGGUCCCACGCUUGUUUUCUAGCCAGCGUUAGAUGGUUUGACAGUCUCUUGUGUAUCCACGCUGGGUUUGUGUGCGUGGUGUAGGUGUGUGUGUGUGUGUGUGUGUGUAAGAGAGUACCUGACUGUGCUUGUGUCUCCCCAUUCUCUUGCCUCCCUUCUGACACGCCAUUCAAAACAAAUGUUAAGAUUCCUCACCACCCGGCCCCCUGCAGGAAGAACCCGGCUGUAUUUAUAUAGAUGGAAAUAUACUUUAUAUUUUGUAUCAUUGUGCCUAUAGCCUCUACCACCUUGUAUAAACCGCAGCCUGUGCUACCUGUCCCGGGUAUGAAUGUACGUUCACUGAGGCUGUCCCCACUUCUGUACAGCGGCUCGGUUUCUUUGCGAUCCAUUGUAUGGCUUUAUAAAAUGAUAAAGUUAAAGAAAAUCC